AGGACCCCUCUCACGAGCAGCUCCUCCUCCAGGAGGUGCAGACACUCCUUGCCAAAGGAGCCAUAGAGGAGGUACCGGAACACAAAUGGGGCACGGGGUUUUACUCCCGCUACUUCCUAAUCCCCAAAGCAAAGGGGGGGUCUCAGACCCAUCCUGGAUCUGUGGGAACUCAACAGAUACAUGAUAAAGUUGAAGUUCCGUAUGGUAUCCCUGGGGACCAUCAUCCCAUCCCUGGAUCCCGGAGACUGGUAUGCCGCCCUUGACAUGAAAGAUGCGUAUUUUCACAUAGCCAUCUACCCACCUCACAGGAGGUUCCUCCGGUUCGUAAUCAACCGCCAACGUUUUCAGUUCACAGUCCUACCGUUCGGACUCUCUACAGCCCCAAGAGUAUUUACAAAAUGCAUGGCUGUAGUCGCCGCCCACCUCCGCCGCCAUCGGAUACACGUUUUUCCGUAUCUAGAUGACUGGCUCAUCCGAGGGGCCUCCGAGGCACAAGUGAUCCAUCACGUCGGCAUUGUCAAGGACCUUUUCCUACAUCCAGGCCUAAUGAUCAAUGCGGAAAAAUCAACUCUGACUCCCACUCAGAGGAUAGACUUCAUUGGCGCCACCCUGGACUCCAACCUCGCCACAGCCUGCUUACCGCUGCCCCGGUUCCACGCAAUGGUGGACAUCAUCCAGAGUCUGCAAGUUGCUCCGUUGACUUCGGUUCACACUUGCCUCGGUCUCCUGGGUCACAUGGCGGCCUGCACGUUUGUGAUGAAAUACGCCAGACUACGCCUCCGUUCCCUCCAGUCGUGGCUCAACUCAGUGUACCGACCAGGCAGGGAUGCCAUAGACAUGAUCGUCACCGUUCCCCCGAGCGUCUUAGGCUCCUCCGAAUGGUGGCUGACCCCCUCCCUGGUGUGUGCAGGACUGCCGUUCCAUCCGCCCCAGCCCUCUGCAUCCCUGACGAUGGACACAUCAUCUCUCGGUUGGGGUGCUCACCUCGGGCAUCUACGCACUCAAGGCCUUUGGUCAUCUCAGGAACUGGCCUUGCACAUCAAUGUCUGGGAGCUGAGAGCAGUCCGCCUUGCUUGCCAGGCGUUCCAUCAGCACUUGCAAGGCCGUUGUGUGUCAGUAUUCACCGACAACACAACAGCCAUGUACUAUAUAAACAAACAGGGCGGGACAAUGUCCUCGACCCUUUGUCAGGAGGCCUUGCGACUCUGGGACUUUUGUAUAGCCCACUCCAUAGACCUCAUAGCGUCCUUUCUGCCGGGGGUUCGGAACACUCUGUCGGAUCGCCUCAGCAGAUCCUUCCUUUCUCACAAGUGGUCGCUUCGCCCGGACAUUAUUCUUUCGGUUUUCCGGAAGUGGGGAUUUCCCCGUAUAGAUCUCUUCGCGUCCCGUGAGAACAGGAAAUGCCAGAUGUUCUGUUCCUUUCAAGGCCUCUCGCAGGGUUCCAUAGCGGACGCUUUCCUGAUACCGUGGACGUCUCACCUGCUAUACGCUUCUCCACUGUUCCCACUCGUCCACAAGGUCCUGCUGAAAAUAUGCAGAGACAGAGCCCGCUUGAUCAUGAUCGCUCCAGCGUGGCCCAGGUAGCACUGGUAUACCAUGUUGCUAGACCUGUCAAUAGCCGACCCUAUCCCACUACCUCUUCACCUGGACCUGAUAACUCAGGAUCAUGGCAAACUGCGUCACCCAGACCUACAAUCCCUCCAUCUCACGGCAUGGCUCCUGAGUGGUUGACCCAGUCUGAGUUGCGUUACUCUGUCCCAGUGCAACAAGUACUCUUAGGUAGCAGAAAGCCUUCCACUAGAGCAACAUAUCUGGCCAAGUGGAAGCGUUUCACAUGCUGGUGUGGAGAGCACAACGUUCUUCCCGCUGAGGUCUCCAUCCCCACCAUCUUGGACUACUACUGGUCUCUUAAGCAACAGGGCCUAGCGGUACCAUCUUUGAGGGUGCACUUGGCAGCCAUCUCUACCUUCCACCCAGGGGAGAAUGGCCGCUUGGUGUUUUCGCAUCCUGUGGUAUCUAGAUUCCUCAAGGGCAUGGAGCGCCUAUACCCCCAGGUACGCUGCCCCGCCCCGACCUGGGACCUCAACCUGGUUCUUACCAGACUUAUGUCGGCCCCAUUCGAGCCAUUAGCAACUUGCUCCCUUCUCUACCUGUCCUGGAAAACCGCCUUCCUCGUGGCCAUCACAUCGGCAAGACGAGUUUCCAAGCUUUGGGCUCUCACAGUGGACCCUCCUUAUACUGUGUUCCACAAGGACAAGGUGCAGUUGUGACCACACCCUGCCUUUCUCCCCAAAGUGGUAUUGGCCUUCCAUGUUAACCAGGAGAUCUUCCUUCCGGUGUUCUUCCCAAAGCCACAUUCAUCACACAGAGAGCAACAACUGCAUUCCCUAGACAUCCGUAGAGCAUUCGCUUUUUAUAUCGAGCGGACAAAGCCCUUCCGCAGAAUCCCCCAACUCUUCAUCGUGGUGGCAGAGCGUAUGAAGGGCCUACCCGUUUCCUCACAGAGGAUUUCAUCCUGGGUGACAUCUUGCAUCCGCACCUGUUACGACUUGGCUCAUGUUCCGUCGAGCCACCUCACUGCCCACUCUACCAGGGCUCAAGCCUCAUCUGCUGCUUUCCUGGCUCACAUGCCCAUCCACGAGAUAUGUCGCGCAGCUACCUGAUCCUUGGUCCAUACCUUCGCCUCUCACUAUGCCCUGGUUCAGCAGUCCAGGGAUGACGCAGCCUUUGGCUCCGCAGUAUUACACUCUGCGACAUCUCACUCUGACCCCACCGCCUAGGUAAGGCUUGGG